AUGCUUUCCACUUCUUUUUAUUCACAGAAAAAUGAUGAAAAUGGGAAUUGCUCUGGAGAAGGCAUUGAGUUUCCAACAACCAACUUGUAUGAGCUAGAGAGCAGAGUUCUAACAGAUCACUGGUCCAUACCCUAUAAGCGGGAGGAAUCUCUAGGCAAGUGCCUGAUUGCAUCCACAUAUCUAGCAAGACUGGGUCUUUCUGAUUCUGAUGAGAAUUGCAAGAGAUUUAUGGACAGAUGCAUGCCAGAAGCAUUUAAAAAGUUGCUGACAUCCAGCGCUGUUCACAAAUGGGGAACUGAAAUCCACGAAGGGAUAUACAACAUGCUUAUGCUGCUAGUAGACCUGGUUGCAGAAAGAGUAAAGCAAGAUCCUAUUCCUGUGGGCCUGCUUGGUGUGCUUACAAUGGCAUUUAACCCUGACAAUGAGUAUCAUUUCAAGAAUCGAAUGAAGGUUUGCCAGAGAAACUGGGCAGAAGUCUUUGGGGAGGGGAACAUGCACGCUGUGUCACCCAUAUCCACGUUUCAGAAGGAACCUCAUGGGUGGCUGGUGGAUCUGGUAAACAGGUUUGCAGAGUUGGGUGGAUUUUCAGCAAUUCAGUCCAAACUCAAUUCAGAAGAUAUUGAGCUUGGGGCAAUCUCUGCAUUAGUUCAACCAUUUGGAGUUUGUGCAGAAUAUCUUAACUCUUCUGUAGUACAGCCCAUGCUGGAUCCAGUCAUUCAUAAAAUGAUUAAAUACGUGCAGAAUGUAGAAGAGAAGGACUUGAAAGACAAGAGACUAGUCAGUAUCCCUGAGCUCCUGUCUGGUAUUAAACUGCUGUGUAUGCGCUUCCAACCUGAUUUGGUGACUGCAGUGGAUGACUUACGGCUGGAUAUUCUGCUGCGCAUGUUGAAAUCGCCUCACUUCAGUGCAAAAAUGAAUUCCCUCAAAGAAGUAACCAAAUUAAUAGAAGAUAGUACUGUGUCCAAGUCUGUGAAGAAUGCAAUAGAUACAGACAGAUUACUAAACUGGCUGGUUGAAAAUUCUGUCCUGUCAAUUGCUCUGGAAGGUAAUAUAGACCAAGCACAGUACUGUGAUCGUAUAAAGGGAAUUAUUGAACUGUUGGGCAGUAAAUUGUCUUUAGAUGAACUCACUAAAAUUUGGAGAAUUCAGUCAGGACAAUCUUCCACUGUGAUUGAAAACAUACAUACCAUUAUUGCUGCUGCAGCUGUGAAGUUUAGCUCCGAUCAGCUCAACCAUUUAUUUGUUCUAAUUCAAAAGAGCUGGGAAACAGAGAGUGAUAGAGUGCGACAGAAGCUGUUGAGCCUGAUAGGGCGCAUUGGUCGAGAAGCACGGGUGGAAACAACCACUGGAAAGGUUCUCGAGGUGCUCUGGGAGCUGGCUCAUCUUCCAACAUUACCAUGCAGUCUUAUUCAGCAGGCCUUGGAGGAACAUCUGACAAUCCUCAGCGAUGCCUAUGCAGUGAAAGAGGCAAUCAAAAGAAGCUACAUCAUCAAAUGCAUAGAGGAUAUUAAGAGGAAAAUGAAGCCUGCCAGAAAAGCGAUGAGCAGUUCUAACAAUGAGUCAUCCCAGCACAAUAAUCCUCAGUUUGUUUGGGUGGUACCAGCAUUACGUCAGCUCCAUGAAAUCACACGUUCUUUUAUUAAACAAACUUACCAAAAGCAAGACAAGAGCAUUAUUCAAGAUCUAAAGAAAAACUUUGAAAUAGUGAAGUUGGUGACAGGAAGCUUAAUAUCCUGCCACCGUUUGGCUGCAUCUGUGGCAGGUCCUGGAGGGCUUGUUGGAGCAACCUUGGUGGAUGGCCGAUACACUUACCGAGAGUAUUUGGAAGCACACCUAAAAUUUUUGGCAUUUUUUCUGCAAGAAGCCACCCUUUAUUUGGGCUGGAAUCGUGCCAGGGAGAUCUGGGAGUGCCUCGUAACUGGCCAGGACGUUUGUGAGUUAGAUCGAGAGAUGUGCUUUGAGUGGUUUACCAAAGGGCAGCAUGAUCUAGAGAGUGAUGUACAGCAACAGCUCUUCAAAGAGAAGAUUCUUAAACUGGAAUCAUAUGAAAUUACUAUGAAUGGUUUUAGUUUAUUUAAGACUUUCUUUGAAAAUGUGAACCUGUGUGACCAUCGACUGAAGAGGCAAGGAACUCAGCUGAGUGUAGAAAAACUGGAAUUAAUAGGAAUGGAUUUCAUUUGGAAGAUUGCAAUGGAGUCACCUGAUGAAGAAAUUGCCAAUGAAGCUAUUCAACUGAUAAUUAACUACAGCUAUAUUAACCUCACUCCUAGACUGAAAAAGGAUUCGGUAUCGCUGCACAAGAAAUUCAUUGCUGAUUGCUACACACGAUUGGAGGCAGCCAGUUCAGCACUCGGUGGUCCAACAUUAACACAUGCUGUUACAAGAGCUACAAAAAUGCUUACAGCAACUGCUAUGCCUACAGUAGCAACAUCAGUUCAAUCUCCUUACAGGUCUACUAAACUUGUAAUAAUUGAGAGACUGCUGUUGUUGGCAGAGCGUUAUGUAAUAACAAUAGAGGACCUUUACUCUGUGCCCCGAACUAUUCUACCUCAUGGUGCCUCUUUUCAUGGACAUCUUUUAACUCUCAAUGUUACAUAUGAAUCUACCAAAGAUACCUUCACCAUAGAGGCUCAUAGCAAUGAAACUGUAGGGAGCAUCAGGUGGAAGAUAGCAAAGAUGUUGAAUUCUCCUGUGGAUAACAUACAGAUAUUCGCCAAUGACAGCCUGCUAACAGUAAAUAAAGAUCAGAAAUUACUCCACCAAUUGGGCUUCUCUGAUGAACAAGUCCUUACGGUGAAAACGUCAGGCAGUGGGACACCUUCAGGGAGCUCGGCUGAUUCCUCAACCAGUUCCAGCAACAGCAGCAGUGUAUUUAGUUCAUCCUAUGCAAUGGAACAGGAGAAAUCCCUCCCUGGAGUGGUCAUGGCUCUCGUGUGUAAUGUGUUUGAUAUGCUUUACCAGCUUGCCAAUCUAGAGGAGCCAAGAAUAACACUGCGAGUGAGAAAACUUCUGCUCUUAAUUCCCACUGACCCAGCUAUUCAGGAGGCACUUGAUCAGCUUGAUUCCCUGGGAAGGAAGAAAACGCUGCUAUCAGAAUCAGGUUCUCAGUCUUCAAAAUCCCCAUCCUUGUCUUCAAAACACCAACAUCAGCCCAGUGCUAGUUCAAUACUGGAAAGUCUGUUCAGAUCUUUUGCUCCGGGCAUGUCUACCUUCAGAGUACUCUACAAUUUAGAGGUACUGAGCUCCAAGCUGAUGCCAACUGCAGAUGAUGAAAUGGCAAGAAACUGUGCUAAGUCCUUCUGUGAAAAUUUUCUCAGAGCAGGAGGUUUGAGUUUGGUGGUGAAUGUGAUGCAGAGGGAUUCCAUUCCAUCAGAAGUAGACUAUGAAACCAGACAGGGGGUCUAUUCCAUCUGCCUGCAACUUGCAAGGUUCUUGCUUGUUGGCCAGACAAUGCCUACCUUGCUGGAUGAAGAUUUUAUUAAAGAUGGAGUAGAAGCAUUGUCCUCACGCCCCUUCCGUAAUGUCAGCCGACAAGCAAGCAGGCAGAUGUCCAUUUGUGGAACACCUGAGAAGUCAUCCUACCGACAGCUCUCUGUGUCUGAUAGAUCCUCCAUUAGGGUAGAAGAAAUCAUACCAGCAGCAAGAGUUGCCAUACAAACUAUGGAGGUGAAUGAUUUCACUUCCACCGUGGCUUGCUUCAUGCGACUCUCUUGGGCUGCUGCUGCAGGACGACUGGACCUCGUAGGAAGUAGUCAGCCAAUAAAAGAAAACAACACUUUAUUUCCUGCAGGGAUUCGAAACAGACUUAGCAGCUCAGGAAGUAAUUGCAGCUCAGGAAGUGAAGGAGAGCCAACUGCACUGCAUGCUGGUAUCUGUGUGAGGCAGCAGUCCGUAUCUACCAAAGAUGCUCUGAUUGCUGGAGAAGCCUUGUCUCUGUUAGUAACAUGCCUUCAGCUACGCAGUCAGCAGCUAGGAUCUUUUUACAAUUUGCCUUGUGUUGCUGAUUUCAUUAUUGACAUACUGCUUGGAUCACCAAGUGCUGAGAUUCGUCGUGUUGCUUGUGACCAGUUGUACACCCUUAGUCAAACUGAUACAUCAACUCAUCCAGAUGUACAAAAGCCAAACCAGUUUCUCCUGAGCGUUAUCCUUGGUGCCCAGCUGCCUCUUUGGUCACCAACCAGCAUCAUGAGAGGAAUUAACCAGAGGCUCCUGUCCCAGUGUACCGAAUAUUUUGAUCUGAGAUGUCAGUUAUUGGAUGACCUCACUUCAUCAGAAAUGGAACAGCUAAAGAUAAGCCCAGCUGCUAUGUUAGAAGAUGAGAUUACCUGGCUAGAAAACUUUGAACCCAACCGCACAGCUGAGUGUGAGACCAGUGAAGCUGAUAACAUCCUAUUAGCAGGACACUUGAGGCUCAUCAAGACUCUCCUUUCGCUCUGUGGGGCAGAGAAGGAAAUGGUUGGUUCAUCUUUGAUUAAGCCAUUGUUGGAUGACUUCCUCUUCCGAGCAUCCAGGAUUAUUCUGAAUAGCCAUUCUCCAGCAGGCAGUGCUGCAAUCAGUCAGCAAGACUUUCAUCCAAAGUGCAGUACAGCAGAUAGCCGAUUAGCUGCCUAUGAAGUGUUAGUAAUGCUGGCUAAUAGCUCACCUUCCAAUCUUCAGCUUAUUACGAAAGAGCUGCUUUCUAUGCAUCAUCAGUGUGACCCAGCUCUUACCAAGGAGUUUGAUUAUCUUCCACCAGUGGAUAGUCGCUCCAUUUCAGGAUUUGUGGGACUGAAGAAUGGUGGUGCUACUUGUUAUAUGAAUGCUGUCUUCCAGCAGCUGUAUAUGCAGCCUGGUCUCCCAGAGGCUCUGCUUUCCAUUGAUGAUGAUACCGACAAUCCAGAUGACAAUGUGUUCUAUCAAGUUCAGUCUCUUUUUGGUCACCUGAUGGAAAGCAAACUACAGUAUUAUGUACCUGAGAACUUUUGGAAGAUCUUCAAGAUGUGGAAUAAGGAGCUUUAUGUUCGAGAGCAACAGGAUGCUUACGAGUUCUUUACCAGUCUUAUAGAUCAAAUGGAUGAGUACCUCAAGGUAAAAUCUUCAGGGAUUUUUUUCCCCAUAUACAUGCAU